AUGUUUGGAUCAAGUAAUACCACUAGUGGAGCUGGAAGUGCAGGUACGGGAACAGGGUUUUCCUUUGGAGGAGGCGCAACUGUAUCAACCAGCCAGCCGACCAAACCAGCUUUUUCAUUUGGGAAUGCAAACACAAACACAAACACAAGUACGGGAGCCAACACAUCAAAUGGUGGCACAAGUGGUGGAUUUUCAUUUGGUAAGCCUGCAGCGACUACAAAUGCAGCAACACCAGGUUCAAGCACGACACCGGGGUUUUCAUUUGGCAAUUCAACAACGAAACCGUCCGCUUCUGCUGGAAAUGGUGGUUUUUCGUUUGGCAAUUCGACGUCAAAUACUACUGCCUCUAAUACCAAGACUGGGCUGGGAACUAACACCACAAUGCCAUCAUCUUUAGGGAGUGGGAAUGCUGGGUUUUCAUUUGGCAAUCAAAACUCUGCCCAGGGCACGAAUGUACAACCACAAGGCGCAUCGAAGACAACUUCAAUGUUUAGCUCUCAACCAUCAUUUGGAUGGUCCAAACCGGGUACAUUGACGACAAACACAGCGACUACAACAACACUACCGACAACGACUGCAAUGACCACGGGACCAAACACAUCUCUAGGAUUACAGUCUGCGCAACAGGGUACUAUGAAUAACACACGUAGCGACUACACCCCUACGAUCAACGAUAAGCUCCUGAAAAUUAAGAAUUCAUGGGAUCCUAGUAACCCACAAUGUAAGAUGGUCACACAUGUUUACAAUCGAGUAGAUCCAAAUUUUAGUUACUUUAACCGACCAGAAAAUGAGACACCCGAAGAAUGGGAAAAUGCAAUGGCCAACAGGCCAAAAGAGUAUAAUACAUUACCUGUAAAAUGUGCAGGAUUCAACCAACUAUUUGAACGGAACCAAAUUCAAGAUGUCCAUGUCAAGGAGACGAGACUGUUGUUGAACGACAUUGAUAAUAGAAUAACCAAAAUGAAUGAGAAGCACGAUUUGCAUAGUAACACAUUGUUGUUGAAAUGUAAAAUGAAACAGAAGAACUUGAAUAUCAAGUUGCUGAAAAUAGCCAUCAAUCUCUCCAUCUUGAAAUACAAAGGGUAUCCGUUGACCAACGACGAAGAAAUACUGAUUUCCAAGUUCAACGAAUUGUUGAAGAAACUGGACGACCCAGUUGGUUUGAAUCGUGUCAAUGAAUUAUGGGCAAGAUUGGCGAGCUUGAAGGAGAAGUAUCCUGUACCAAUUGGAGGUGACUGUGAACCAGAUAGUGUAGAGGAAGGUUCGGAUUCACAGGUCAUUCAGAACAUGGUGAAAGUAUUGGCGAAACAACAGCAGGGGAUCCAAUUUUUGUACGAACUGAUGGAGGAGGAUGAGAACAAGUUAAACAAACUUUUAUAG